CAGCGGGUUUUUUUUAGUUGUUUUUUAUAACGAAAACUCUCACUUGUUUAAUUAUCAGAGACUCGUCUGCUGUGUUGCGCUUUCUUUUUGUGCGAUAUUUGCUUAAGACUCUGCGGAAAAUGUUUACAAAACGCGCCAAUUUGCUUCAAGCGGCCCAUAACAAUAACAACAAUAACAAUAACAAUAACAAAUGUUGUCUGUUAAAUCAUGAAAAGUGCAGCGAUUUGUGCCUCCAGGUCGCAACGAAUGUGACCGAACAGAAGCAUCAUGUCACCCGGGAGACGCGCGGCCGAAAUCUGGGCCUGUGCCGCGGCUUCAGGGGCUGCACCGUCUGGCUAACAGGUCUCAGUGGCGCGGGCAAAACAUCGAUUGCCUUUGAGCUGGAGGCGUAUCUGGUCUCUAGGGGCAUACCCGCUUAUGGUUUGGAUGGCGACAAUAUACGCACCGGCUUGAAUAAGAAUCUUGGCUUUACGCCCGCCGAUCGCGAGGAGAAUAUACGGCGUGUGGGCGAGGUGGCCAAACUGUUUGCAGACAGCGGCGUCGUCGCAAUCUGCAGCUUUGUGUCGCCUUUUGCAGACGAUCGCGAGAUGGCGCGCAAGAUACACAAAGAUGCUGGCCUGAAGUUCUACGAAAUCUUCGUGGAUACGCCGUUGUCUGUGUGUGAGACACGCGAUGUCAAGGGUCUGUACAAAAAGGCGCGUGAGGGCGUCAUCAAGGGCUUUACGGGCAUCACGCAGGAAUAUGAGCGGCCGCAGCAUCCCGAGUUGGUGGUCAGCACGGAUGACUGCACGGUGCGAGAGUCUACGCAAAAGCUGGUCGCGCUGCUGGAGCAGGAGGGCAUCAUACCGCGAUCUCUGCGGGAUGUCGAUUUGCUGCCAGAGCUGUAUCCCAGCGAGGACAGCGAAGUGCAGGCCCUGCGCGAGGAGGCCGAGUCGCUGCCGUCUCUGUCGAUAAGCACAGUGGAGCUGCAAUGGGUGCAGGUGCUGUCUGAGGGCUGGGCAUAUCCACUGCGCGGCUUCAUGCGCGAAGACGAGUAUUUGCAAACGUUGCAUUUCAACACGCUGCAAAGUGGUUUGGACGUUUCCUAUCGCGAGAACCACUCGGUGCCCAUUGUACUGAGCGCCACUGCGGCGGACAAGGGGCGCCUGGAGGGCGUGCAAGCCCUGACGUUGCAGCACGAGGGCCAAUCGGUAGCUAUUUUGCGUCGCCCUGAGUUCUAUUACCAGCGCAAGGAGGAACGUCUGGCCCGACAGUUUGGUACCAGCAAUCCGAAUCAUCCGUAUAGCAAACAGGUGUACGAGUCCGGCGAAUAUCUGGUCGGUGGCGAGCUGGCGGUCAUCGAGCGCAUACGCUGGAAGGAUGGACUCGAUCAGUAUCGGCUGACGCCGAACGAGCUGCGCUGUCGGUUCAAGGAGCUCAAUGCGGAUGCCAUUUUUGCCUUUCAGCUGCGCAAUCCCAUACACAACGGUCAUGCGCUGCUGAUGCAGGACACCAAGCGGCAGCUGUUGGAGCGCGGCUUCAAGCAGCCGGUGCUGCUGCUCCAUCCACUUGGCGGUUGGACCAAGGACGAUGAUGUGCCGCUGCAGGUGCGCAUGGCACAGCAUCAGGCCGUGCUCGAUGCGGGCGUACUGCGACGCGAAGACACCGUUCUGGCCAUAUUCCCAUCGCCCAUGAUGUACGCUGGUCCAACGGAAGUCCAGUGGCAUGCCAAGGCUCGAAUGAAUGCUGGCGCCAAUUUUUAUAUUGUGGGACGUGAUCCAGCUGGCAUGCCGCAUCCGGACAAGCAGGCCUAUCCCGAUGGCAACCUCUACGAUGCAACUCACGGCGCACGUGUACUGAAAAUGGCCCAAGGAUUGGACAGCAUGGAGAUACUGCCCUUCCGUGUGGCCGCAUAUGAUAAGACUGCCAGCCGCAUGGCCUUCUUUGAGCCGCAACGCAAGGACGAUUUUGAGUUCAUUUCGGGCACCAAAAUGCGUACACUAGCCAAAACCGGCGCCAGUCCGCCCAACGGCUUUAUGGAGCCGCAGGCCUGGAAAAUACUCGCCACUUACUAUCAAAAUCUGCCGCAGGCGUAACCGACAGCCCGUUGAUGCAACGGAGAGAAGUUCCGCACAACAAUUAGUGCAAUUCGCUUAGCUAUAUAUAUCCGUCAUGGCUUAUGUUUUACACGAUUCACAUAUUUGUAUAUAAUGUGUUUGUUGUUCAAGUAAUUUGUAUGUAUCUGAGACGCAUAUCCUAAUCCCUGUCUCGAGUCAAGUAAUGUAACCUUUGUAUCCUUAUCUAUGUGUGUGUACAUGUGAAAAUGUGUGUGUUUUGUUCAGCUACAUUGUUCUAAUCCAACAAUUAAUUGUAUUUACAUUUAAGUUGUCCAAUUUCAUGUUAUCUUUAAGCAAAAAAUUGAUCGGUUUCUGUACUGAUUUCAACGAAAUGAUGCGCAUUUUUAAAAUACAUGCAUUUAAUAAAUGACUAUCUUAACUUUA